AUGUCUUUCCUCAGAUUAGUCAUUUCCGCUAUUGCAAUUAUAGCAAGCUGUGAAGCUAGCGGGCUUGGACACUUCAUACCGGCAAUAAAAUCUAUACCAGUAGUGCGAUAUGCUCCAUUUUAUAGCUUUCCACAUGGAGUUCGCUCAAUACACGCAGUUGCCCCAGUAGUACGAGCCUUUGCUCCAGCAGUUCCAGUAGCACCAGCGCCCGUUUUACCAGCUCCUGCGCCUAUAAUUCCAGCUCCAGCACCAAUAUUUCCAGCAGCAGCUCAUGCUUUCCCGGCUCCUGUAUUCCGAGCUCCAGCUCCUGUAUUCCCGGCUCCUGCACCGAUUUUUAGAGCGCCAUUAUAUCCUGCUCCUUUACCGGCACCGGUAUUAGCACCUGCGCCAGCUAUUGCCCCUGCCCCUAUUUAUCCAGCAUACCCUAGAUUUGCUCCUGUUCCCGCUUUACCCGCAGCUCCUGUAUUUCCCAGAGUCUUACCUGCGCUACCAUCAGUACCUUUCUCACCUAUUGUUAGGCCUGUAGCUCCAACAGUAUUACAAGCACCAGCUCCAAUUUUCUCACAACCACAUUUUGCUUUUACAAAAGCUUAUCCAGUUCCGGCUCAUUUACACCCAGCUCCAUUAGACAAACAUCUUGCAUGGAAAUGA